CCGUACAAGGCACGGUGGACAUAAAACCGCGGUGCUUGCCCUGACGAGCUGGGUGCAGAGUGCCAGCUGGGGCCCCGCGUUGGAUUCCACUUAGUGUUUGGAAGGUUUGACUGCAUGGUGCCGUAAGUCUCCGGGAACCCAUACCUAACACACCACCUGACUGAAGAGCCUGGUCUCCGGCAUCCCUUCUCGCUUCUCACCCGAGCUCCUGCAUGUCUAAUAUUUAGACAUGUUCAGCUUUAUGGACUCAAGGACUGUUCUGCUACUUGUAGCAUCCCAAGUUGUUUUACUAUCCGUGGUCAGAUGUCAGGAGGAGGACGACCAGGAGGCCGAUGGCUGUGUCCAGGACGCCCAGCAGUAUAAUGAUAAGGAGGUGUGGAAGCCAGAGCCGUGCCGCAUCUGUGUGUGCGACAGCGGAGCGGUUCUGUGCGAUGAGUUACUCUGCGAGGAGAUCAAAGAGUGCGCCAACCCUACCAUCCCAUCUGGAGAAUGCUGCCCCAUCUGCCCCGCUGAUGCCACUGCCCCUAUUGAGGCGUUUGGUGCUAAGGGCCAGAAGGGAGAACCAGGAGAGAUUGCAGAUGUCGUAGGACCUAGAGGACCACCCGGCCCUAUGGGCCCCCCAGGUGAGCAGGGAACUCGCGGAGAAGCUGGCGCAAAGGGCGACAAGGGAAAUCCUGGACCAAGAGGAAGAGAUGGCGAACCUGGCACACCUGGCAACCCGGGACCCCCCGGCCCACCUGGACCUUCUGGCCCGCCAGGUCUCGGAGGGAACUUUGCAGCUCAGAUGGCCGGAGGCUUUGAUGAAAAGGCUGGAAGUGUUUCGAUGGGUGUGAUGCAAGGACCAAUGGGUCCCAUGGGUCCCCGUGGCCCCCCUGGACCUAGCGGAGCUCCUGGGCCACAGGGUUUCCAAGGUGCCCCUGGAGAGACUGGAGAGCCGGGCCCAGCUGGACCGAUGGGACCUCGUGGACCAUCUGGACCAUCAGGAAAACCAGGAAGUGAUGGAGACCCUGGCAAGCCUGGCAAACCCGGUGAGCGUGGACCUGCAGGGCCUCAGGGAGCUCGUGGAUUUCCUGGAACACCUGGACUUCCUGGAAUCAAAGGACACAGAGGUCACCCUGGUCUGGAUGGAGCAAAGGGAGAGACUGGUGCUGCAGGAGCCAAGGGUGAGGCUGGUGCUGCUGGAGAAAACGGCUCCCCUGGACCAAUGGGCCCACGGGGUCUGCCUGGUGAGAGGGGACGCCCUGGUGCUUCUGGAACUGCGGGCGCCCGUGGAAACGAUGGCUUGCCCGGUCCUGCUGGUCCCCCGGGCCCAGUCGGCCCCGCUGGAGCUCCCGGUUUCCCAGGAUCCCCAGGAGCCAAGGGUGAAGCUGGUCCUACUGGGGCGCGUGGCGCUGAAGGAGCACAGGGACCCCGUGGAGAGGCUGGCACUCCAGGAUCUCCUGGACCAGCUGGGGCUGGGGGUAAUCCUGGCACUGAUGGUAUUCCUGGAGCCAAAGGCUCUGCUGGUGCUCCUGGUAUUGCUGGUGCUCCUGGAUUCCCUGGCCCCCGGGGCCCACCUGGACCACAGGGAGCGACUGGACCCCUGGGGCCCAAAGGACAAUCUGGGGACCCUGGUCUUCCAGGAUUGAAGGGUGAAGCUGGACCAAAGGGAGAACUUGGCCCCGCUGGUCCUCAAGGUGCUCCUGGCCCAGCUGGAGAGGAAGGGAAGAGAGGUGCAAGAGGAGAGCCGGGAACCGCUGGACCACUCGGACCUCCAGGAGAAAGAGGAGCUCCUGGAAACCGUGGUUUCCCGGGUCAGGAUGGUCUCGCUGGUGCUAAGGGUGCGCCCGGUGACCGCGGCGUCCCUGGUGCCGCUGGGCCUAAAGGCGCUACUGGAGAUCCCGGACGUACAGGCGAGUCUGGCCUCCCUGGAGCCAGAGGUCUUACUGGUCGUCCCGGAGAUGUUGGACCCCAGGGCAAAGUUGGACCUUCUGGGGCUCCUGGUGAGGAUGGCCGGCCCGGUCCGCCAGGUCCCCAGGGAGCCCGUGGACAGCCUGGUGUCAUGGGAUUCCCUGGACCAAAAGGAGCAAAUGGUGAACCUGGAAAGGCAGGAGAGAAGGGACUCGUUGGUCGAACUGGUCUGAGAGGACUCCCCGGAAAAGAUGGCGAGACUGGUCCUUCUGGACCUCCCGGACCUGCUGGACCUGCUGGAGAGAGAGGAGAGCAAGGACAGCCUGGACCUCCUGGCUUCCAGGGUCUGCCCGGGCCAACUGGUCCCCCAGGAGAGGCUGGAAAAUCUGGAGAUCAGGGUGUUCCUGGAGAGGGUGGAGCUCCUGGUGCUGCUGGACCCAGAGGUGAGCGUGGUUUCCCUGGCGAGAGGGGAGGAGCUGGGCCUCAGGGUCUUCAAGGGCCCCGUGGACUUCCUGGAACACCUGGAAGUGAUGGACCCAAGGGAGCAAUUGGCCCAUCUGGGGCUCCUGGAUCUCAAGGACCCCCAGGUCUGCAGGGUAUGCCUGGAGAGAGAGGAGCCGGUGGUAUACCAGGAGCCAAGGGAGACAGAGGGGACAACGGACAGAAGGGGCCUGAAGGCGCUCCUGGAAAAGACGGUGCUAGAGGUUUGACUGGUCCUAUAGGUCCUUCUGGCCCAGCUGGACCCAACGGUGCCAAGGGUGAGACUGGACCUACUGGCCCUACUGGUGCUCCUGGGGUCCGUGGUGCUCCUGGUGAUCGCGGUGAGGUUGGUCCUCCCGGGCCUGCUGGCUUUGCUGGACCUCCUGGUGCAGAUGGUCAGCCAGGCGCCAAGGGAGAGCUCGGCGAGGCCGGACAGAAGGGAGAAGCCGGUUCCCCUGGGCCGCAGGGACCGUCCGGAGCUCCUGGACCGGUGGGACCUACAGGUGUAUCCGGACCUAAGGGAGCACGCGGUGCUCAGGGAGCUCCCGGUGCCACAGGUUUCCCUGGUGCCGCUGGCAGAGUUGGACCUCCUGGCGCUAAUGGUAACCCUGGCCCUGCCGGUCCUGCCGGUCCUGCUGGCAAAGACGGUCCGAAAGGUGUCCGCGGUGACGCCGGCCCACCAGGAAGACCGGGAGAUGCUGGGCUUCGUGGACCUGCCGGGCCUCCAGGAGAGAAGGGAGAGCCUGGAGAGGAUGGACCUCCUGGUUCUGAUGGUCCUUCAGGUCCUCAGGGUUUGGCUGGAACUCGUGGUAUUGUUGGUUUGCCCGGUCAGCGCGGUGAGAGGGGCUUCCCCGGUCUCCCUGGACCUUCUGGAGAGCCUGGCAAACAGGGAGCUCCUGGUGGUGGUGGUGAUCGCGGACCUCCUGGACCCGUUGGGCCUCCUGGACUCACUGGACCUGCGGGAGAGCCCGGCAGAGAGGGUACCCCCGGAUCCGAUGGGCCUCCUGGUAGAGACGGAGCUGCUGGAGUCAAGGGAGAGCGAGGUAACACCGGUCCCGCAGGCGCUCCUGGAGCUCCUGGCGCCCCUGGUGCUCCCGGGCCGGUCGGUCCCCUCGGCAAGCAGGGAGACAGAGGAGAGGCUGGUGCUCAAGGACCUGCAGGACCACCAGGGUCAGCUGGAGCUAGAGGAAUCGCUGGACCCCAAGGACCACGUGGAGAUAAGGGAGAAGCUGGUGAGCCUGGAGAGAGGGGGCAGAAGGGUCACCGUGGCUUCGCCGGUCUGCAGGGUCUUCCUGGACCUCCGGGCCCCGCAGGGGAUUCUGGAGCUGCUGGACCUGCUGGACCAAGCGGCGCUAAGGGACCCCCUGGCCCAGUGGGACCUGCUGGCAAAGACGGAUCUAAUGGACAGCCUGGCCCCAUUGGACCCCCUGGACCUCGAGGACGCUCUGGAGAAACUGGUCCUGCUGGUCCUCCCGGUAACCCUGGUCCCCCUGGUCCUCCUGGUCCACCAGGCCCAGGCAUUGACAUCUCCGCCUUUGCUGGCAUGGGUCAGACUGAGAAGUCCCCUGAUCCUCUCAGGUACAUGAGGGCUGAUGAGGCCUCCAGCUCCCUGAGGCAGCACGACAUCGAGGUCGAUUCCACACUCAAGUCCCUCAACAACCAGAUCGAGAACUUGCGCAGUCCUGACGGCACCCAGAAGAACCCCGCUCGCUCCUGCAGAGACCUCAAGCUGUGUCACCCCGAGUGGAAGAGUGGUGACUACUGGGUGGAUCCUAACAUUGGGUCCACGGCCGACGCAAUCAAGGUCUUCUGCAACAUGGAGACCGGAGAGACCUGCGUCUACCCAAGCAUCGCCAAAGUACCAAAGAAGAACUGGUGGACCAGCAAGAGCAAGGGCCGCAAACACAUCUGGUUCGGCGAUACUAUGAACGGCGGCUUCCACUUCAGCUAUGCUCAGGAUGGCCCUGCUGCCAGCGCCGCCAGCGUCCAGCUGACCUUCUUGAGGCUUUUGUCCACCGAAGCGUCCCAGAACCUCACCUAUCACUGCAGAAACAGCAUUGCCUACAUGGACCAGGACACAGGAAACCUUAAGAAGGCGUUGCUACUGCAGGGCUCCAAUGACGUGGAGAUCCGCCCAGAGGGCAACAGUCGCUUCACGUACACCGUGUUGGAGGAUGGCUGCAAGAGUCACACUGGCCGGUGGGGCAAGACCGUCUUUGAGUACAAAACACAGAAAACCUCCCGUCUGCCGAUCGUAGACAUCGCUCCAAUGGACAUCGGAGGAGCAGAUCAAGAAUUCGGAGUGGAUGUAGGCGCCGUCUGCUUCUUGUAAAGUGGAGUAUUGCAAUGCUCCCUCCCCACCAAAACACAGGGAAUAAAAAUAAUAAUACAAAAACCUGACCAUGAAAACGUUCCACACACUUCCACAAUAAAGGAGACUGGAAAAUAACCAAAAAAAAAAAAAAAAGAAAUGUUAUACCUUUUUUUUUCUCAAAACAAAGUGCUCUCCAAGUCGUACUUCCUGGACGCGAGCACUGAAGGGCACCGGCAAUAUCCGUACACCUCACCAGCCUUCUCUGUCAAACCCACCUCCUGAGAUCCAGUCAUGUUUCCUGCGGCCCAGCCGUUGACGGAAAUGAGUCUGAGCGGGGAUGGAGGGAAAAAGCAGGACCAAGAAACCCAAGUUCUGGAGAACAGAAACAUGACUCGAUGUCACUUAUUUAUUGUCUAAUCUGAGUGGGCAGAAUUGGGAUAGGACGGGACGGGCUCACUCUUGUAAGUAACAGAAACCUCCCCAAUUUCCACUACAGAACAGCUGCACAACUUCUGUCCCAGUCCUACGCCCCACCCACCCUCGUUUCCCUCCCGACCCACAAAAACGGCAUCUCGAAAUCAGUGUAAACCAAACAAAAAGUUGCUUUAUAAAUUUUAUUCUAUUCUCAGAGAGUUUAACUUUUCCUGCUACUCCAGAGUGGUCCAUCAUAAGCAGAAAACAAAUACUUUACUGUGUAUAAUAAAUAUUUGGUUCUAAUGUUGUAAAAGUCUGUGUUUAUAUACGGCCAGAUGGUUUUAUAGAUAUAUAUAUUUCCACGUAACGUGUACAUUUGUCUAUGUGCACACCAGCGUUUUGUUUUUUUGGGGAAGUGAGGUACCAUUUGGGUCGUAUGUUUUCAUGUUCUUGCACCCCCUUACCUACCUGUCAGAAGGUCCAGCUUUCAUUUGCCAAAAAAACAAAA